AUGGAUGCUCCGUCUGAGAAUUCACCGGUGAACACCCCUCUACGGCAACCUAAGAAAAGAUUCGUCGGUAGACGCACUGCAGAUGCCCAGGCCCAAGCGUCACCAAGCGUACAGGAUGUCGAGUCCACAAGCAUUCAGAAAGCAGCCUCAAGAAGAACCCCCAGAACUCUAAACCAAGUGCCUCCUGAGAUCCUCGAAGAUCCCGAUAUCCAAGCCGCGAUCGAUCUCCUCCCUAGGAACUAUUCCUUCGAGAUCCCCAAGACCAUCCACCGAAUACGCACCUCUGGAGCCAAGAGAAUCGCGCUGCAAUUCCCGGAAGGCUUGCUGCUCUUCGCUACCACUAUCUCCGAUAUCCUCACCCAGUUCUGCCCCGGAACCGAAACCCUGAUCAUGGGGGACGUCACGUACGGGGCCUGCUGUAUUGACGACUAUACUGCUCGCGCUCUGGGCUGCGACCUCCUGGUCCACUACGCCCACAGCUGCCUCAUCCCUGUGGACGUCACCCAGAUCAAAACCCUCUACAUCUUCGUGGACAUCAGCAUCGACACGUCACACCUGAUCGCCACCCUUGAGCGCAACUUCCAAGCCGGCAAAACAAUCGCUACCGUCGGCACAAUCCAGUUCAACGCCACUCUCCACGGUCUCAAACCCGUCCUUGAACGCGCAGGCUUCAAGGUCAUCAUCCCUCAGAUCACCCCGCUAUCAAAGGGCGAAAUCCUAGGCUGUACCUCCCCGCAACUCGCAGCCGACGAAAUCGACAUCCUCCUCUACCUCGGCGACGGCCGCUUCCACCUCGAAUCAGCCAUGAUCCAUAACCCCAGCAUCCCGGCCUACCGGUACGACCCUUAUUCGCGCACACUCUCCCGGGAAACCUACUCGCACGACGAAAUGCACACCCUCCGCCGCGACGCAAUCAACAACGCCAAAUCCGCCAAGAAAUGGGGCAUCAUUCUCGGCUCCCUCGGUCGACAGGGAAACCCAAAUACCAUGGCUAUGAUUGAGAAUCAUCUCCGGGAACGCGGGAUCCCAAUCGUCAACCUUCUCCUGAGCGAGAUUUUCCCGGGCAAACUAGCGUCCAUGUCUGACGUGGAGUGCUGGGUGCAGAUAGCCUGUCCCCGGUUGAGUAUUGAUUGGGGCUACGCAUUUCCACGGCCACUUUUGACGCCUUACGAGGCGCUUAUUGCAUUGGGAGUUAGAGAGAGUUGGGAGACCACGCAUAACGGCGUCUACCCGAUGGACUUUUACGCGAAGGAUGGCCUGGGGAGGACCAAGCCAGUUCAGGCGGUUUCGGGAACUGCGUGA